CAGGAAGGAGUGCUCCGGGGCUGCGCGGCCAACGAUGUCGAGCCGCCGCCUCGGCCCCUGCAGCAGCAGCAGCCGCAGCAGCCGCCGCCGCCGCUGCUGCCGCCGAGCCGGGGGACAUGGAGCGCGGCUGCAGGGAGCGGCCGACGGCAGCAGCAGCCACGAGCGUCGCAGCGACAGCGGAGCGCAGCCCUCCCCGUGAGGCGCCGGCCGGCCGGCGGCGGCGGCGGCAGCAGCAGCAGCGGCAGCAACAGGGCGGCUGAAAGCCCGGCCGCGGCGGCGACCCUCAGUGCGGCCUCCCCUCCCGCUCCGCGCCCCCCUCGCUCUCCCCUUCCUCCGCCGCUCUUGCCCACCCCGUCGUCCGCGGCCCCGGGCGCGCGCCCGCAGCUGAGCCCCGGGGGCGGGGGCGCGUGCCGCCGGCGCGGGGGAGGGGCAGGCCGCCCGCCCGCGCGCGCCGCGCCCAGGGCUCGCGGGGACCCGGGGGGCGCGUGCCGCGGCGCGAGGCGCGGGGCGGCGCGGCGGGGCCCCUCCCCCCCAACCCCCCGCCUGCAGCCUGGCGCGCGCCGGCCGGGCCGCACCGCUGCGGGCUCGGCGCGCGCGGGCCAUGUCCGCCUUCUGCCUGGGCUUGGCCGGCCGAGCUUCAGCACCGGGCGAGCCGGACAGCGCCUGCUGCAUGGAGCUGCCCGCCGGGGCUGGGGACGCAGUCCGGAGUCCCGCCGCCGCCGCCGCCCUAGUCUCCUUCCCCGGGGGUCCCGGGGAACUGGAACUGGCCUUAGAGGAGGAGCUGGCGUUGCUGGCGGCCGAGGAGCGGCCGUCCGACCUCGGGGAGCAUCCUCAGGCGGAGCCGGAGUCUCCGGGAGAGGGGCACGGACCGCCGCCGCCUACCCAGGAUCCCGAACUGCUGUCGGUAAUCCGACAGAAGGAGAAGGAUCUAGUGUUGGCGGCCCGGCUAGGCAAGGCGCUGCUCGAGAGGAACCAGGACAUGAGCCGGCAGUACGAGCAGAUGCACAAGGAGCUGACGGACAAGCUGGAGCACCUAGAACAAGAAAAGCAUGAACUGAGAAGGCGAUUUGAGAAUCGAGAAGGGGAGUGGGAAGGACGGGUGUCUGAGCUGGAGACUGAUGUGAAGCAGCUACAGGAUGAGCUGGAGAGGCAGCAGGUCCAUCUUCGGGAAGCAGAUCGAGAAAAAACAAGAGCUGUCCAGGAACUGUCAGAACAGAACCAAAGGCUAUUGGAUCAACUCAGCAGGGCAUCUGAAGUUGAGAGACAGCUCUCCAUGCAGGUUCAUGCUCUCAGAGAAGACUUCCGUGAGAAAAAUUCUUCCACCAACCAACAUAUCAUUCGGCUGGAGAGCCUUCAGGCCGAGAUCAAGAUGCUGUCAGAUCGAAAACGGGAGCUGGAGCAUCGGCUCAGCGCCACCUUGGAGGAGAAUGACCUGCUUCAAGGGACUGUGGAGGAGCUACAGGACCGGGUGCUGAUCCUAGAAAGGCAGGGCCAUGACAAAGACCUGCAGCUGCACCAAAGCCAGCUGGAGCUCCAGGAGGUUCGGCUGUCCUACCGGCAGCUGCAGGGCAAGGUGGAGGAACUCACGGAGGAGAGGAGCCUGCAGAGCUCAGCGGCGACCAGCACGUCCCUGCUGUCAGAGAUCGAGCAGAGCAUGGAGGCUGAGGAGCUGGAGCAGGAGAGAGAGCAGCUGAGGCUGCAGCUCUGGGAAGCCUACUGCCAGGUUCGCUAUCUCUGCUCACACCUUCGAGGGAAUGACAGCGCCGAUUCAGCCGUGUCCACAGACUCCUCUAUGGAUGAGUCCUCAGAGACCUCAUCGGCCAAGGACGUGCCUGCUGGCAGCCUGCGCACUGCCCUCAAUGAUCUCAAGAGGCUGAUCCAGAGCAUUGUAGAUGGCAUGGAGCCCACGGGCACUCGGAGGAUGGAUGAUGAGUCCUUAGAAGAACAAAUAAGGCAGACCAGUGAGGACUCAAGAGCCCUGAGGGAGCUCAUGGAGGGAGAGAGGGGUAAACUGAGGCAGAGCCUAGAAGAGCUGCAGCAACUCCACAGUCAGGUGACACUGCUGAGUGUGGAGAUGACUGCACUGAAGGAAGAAAGGGACCGACUCAGAGUGACAUCUGAGGACAAGGAGCCAAAGGAACAGCUUCAGAAGGCCAUCAGGGACCGGGAUGAGGCCAUUGCAAAGAAGAACGCUGUGGAGCUGGAACUCGCCAAGUGCAAGAUGGACAUGAUGUCUCUAAACAGCCAGCUACUGGAUGCCAUUCAGCAGAAACUGAACCUCUCACAGCAGCUUGAGGCUUGGCAGGAUGACAUGCACAGGGUCAUUGACAGGCAGCUGAUGGAUACGCACCUGAAGGAACAGAGCCGGCCUGCUGCUGCCUUCCCUAGGGGCCACGGCGUAGGGCGGGGACAGGAACCCAACACCACAGACGGCAAACGGCUCUUCUCCUUCUUCAGGAAAAUUUAAGUGGAGAGGAGUCUGGCCAUGGGGGGUGGGGAGGACUAGCGGCAGUUGAAAAAGGUUCCCCCUUAGCUGGAGCCAGGCAGCUACACUGCCUGCCCACCUGCCCCAGGGCCCAGUUAGCUCCAGAGCGCUCACUCCCUAUGUCAGUGUAAGGGAGACUGAGAGGUAGGGGCCUGCCUUGUCCUCUGAAGGCUGCCCCCAACUAAGGUACAGGAAUGAAUCCUGUCCCCACUGCCCAAGCCAAGGCUCAGCCUGGGCUUCCCCAGGAUCCUGUUAGUGGGCAGGGCUCAGCCACUUCCCAUGCAGCCCACUGAUGGCCUCUGCCACUGACCCAGCUGAUCACAGCCCACCCUCACGGCUCUGCUGCCUCCUUGGAUUUUGAACAUGGGGGAGAGAUUGAGGCCUCCUGUGCAUGCCUCAGGAGGCCUGAGCCUCCACUCCUGCCCCAGUCACUGGCCUGGAGUAGGGAGGCACGGCCCCUCACCCAUGUGCAUGCACCUCUGCUGGAGCCCCUGUAUAGCAGGAGGCCCAGCCUACGGCUGCAAGGCCUAAGAACUGGGUGUACCAAGCUCUGUUGAGGCCAUCCUGUACCCCAGGGAAGGCCAUCUUCUGGCUGCCAGCACUCCUCAGCUUCCUCCAGUGCAGCCCUUACCCCUAGGGAGGCCUGGGCCAGGCAGCAUUCCCAUUAGCCCCUGUAGGCUUUAGCCUUCCAGACUUCCCCUCAUGGGAUAAGACUGGGAGGGCACUUGUCUUCCACGGCUCCCUCCCACCUCAAAUGCAACUUCUUGGCCAAGCUGAGCAAGUUCAAGCCACAAGAACAGCCUCUGAGGGGCCUGGUUCUACCACCCUAACACUGAAGGCAGCGUGGGUGCCACAGGGUGGAUGGGGUGAGGCUGCUGGGCGCCUCCAGAUACUGCCCACCAGGCCUCUACGGGACAAAGGCCUAAGCCUGCUGCUUUUGCUCCUUCUGUAGCAGCCACCCCAUCUCUUCCGAGGCCCUAGCUCAGAGGCUCUGUGGGCCUGGCCUACAGCUGCUUACCACUCACUGAGCCUCCUGCCCUCAACGGGGAAAAGCACAGCAGGGCUGAGCGGAAAGAAUGUACUUAUAGAUAUGUAUAUACCACAGUGCUGUAAUUUUGUAUGUAGCAAUUGUGUAAAUACACGUAUGGAUUUUAUAAUACACACAUAUAAAUCUAUAAAGGCAUAUUUUUAGAAAAACAGCGCACCACUGCUUCUUUUGAAAAUAGUCUGAAUAAGAAUAAAAUGAAUUUCUACAGAA